AUGUCGAUGGAAGAGAGCAUUAGCUUGGAGGAGACCAAUAAGAUUCGUAUUUCUCUUGGUCUCAAACCUCUCACAGACGACAAGGCUCCGGCAGACGACAAGGAGAAGCAGGCUCAUGACAACUAUGCCAGAGCCAGAGAGCAGGAAGCGAAGGAGAAGGAGAAGAAGGCGAUCCAGGAUCGCAUAGCAAAGGUGAGAAACAGGCGCGAACUUCACGCGUCUCUGAGUGGGGCCACCCUUGGUGACGCCGACAAAGAUGUAGACGACACCCUCAAAUGGAUUAAGAGGGCUAAGAAGCGAGAGAAAGAGCUUGCGAAGAAGAGACAGGAGGAACUAGAGAAUAUGGAUAAGAUGUUCCAGGCCGAAUAUACCGAGAGGGAUCUUGAGGGCCUGAAGGUCAGCCAUAACUUCGAGGACAUGGACGAAGGAGAAGCGAAGAUACUUACGCUGAAAGACAGUCGGAUCCUUGAUAACGAAGAGGAUGAGCUGCAGAAUGUGGAGAUGGCAGAGGAGGAUCGGCGUAAGAAGAACCAGGAGAUGAAGAUCAAGCGUCGUGAUUACACGGGAUAUGAUGACGAUGAAUUCGAACCGGGUAAUGCAGGGGCUAAGCGGGCCAUACUAGCGAAGUACGACGAGGUGCUGGAGGGACCGAAGGAACAGUCAUUUCGGCUCGGGGCAACAGCACUUACUUCUGAAGGCAAGCAGGCGGUGAGCCAAGAGACCGCUGCUGCUGUCAAAAAAUCGUUGUUAUCCAUAGACUAUGCUAAAAAUUUGGAGACCGCUGACUAUCUCAAGGAAGGUGAUGUUGGUUUCAAGAAGCCUAAGACAAAGAAAAAGCGGCCAAGCAGGCGAGUAGAGCAGGAUCCUGAGAUUCGUCCUGUCCAAGAUGAUAAUCAGAUGGAAAUCGAUGAGAAAUCAGUAGCCCCUCGAGCUCGCAACCUAGAUGCCAACUUCGUUGACGAUGACGAGCUGCAGUCUGCUCUCGCUCGUUCACGGCGAGCCAAAAUCAAGAAAGCCAAGAAGUUGACUCCUGAAGAAAUUGCUCAGAAGAUCGCCCAGGAACGUGCACGUGAAGAGGCUGAGAGGGGUCAAGAUGUCAUCAAAGUUGAGGACGAUGACGAAGGGGAUGAGGAUGGCGGUCUUACGAUUGACGACACAUCUGAGUUCGUUCGCUCUAUAAAUUUCGACCCCGACGCUGCCAAGAAGGAACCUGCAGUCAAGAGAGAGACUUCAGAAGUGCCGGUAUCCAGAGCCAAGUCCGAAGCACGUUCAGAUGUAGCCAUGGGCGAUGUAGACGACCCAAUGGAAGAGCUCGAGGCGGGAGAAGUCAGGGUUAAGGACGAGGACGAGGAAGAUGAGGAGGCUAUGCUUCACGACAUCGAGAACGCCCUCCGAGAAACGGAAGAAGAGGAGAAGAAGAAAGCAGCGGCUCAGGCGCCUGAAGUCGACAUUGGGACUUCCUCGGAACCUACCUUCAGUGGAGGGAUGGCGUCUACUCUUAACAUCCUCCGUCAGCAAGGUAUUCUUGCCGCUCCCAAGGCUGACAUUAUUGAAAGAGAGAGGGUCCAGAGGCAAAGGGACUUAUGGUUGGCUGAGCAGCGCCGGCGUCUGGCUGAACGGGAACUCGAACGUCUCAAGGCACGUGGUGCUCCUAAAGACCAGGCGACUCGCGAAUACGAGAAUCGUCUGCGCGAGCAACAGGAGGCACGGGAACAGCUGGAAAUGUACAAGAACUACAAGCCGGACGUCAACAUCGUCUACUAUGACGAGUUUGGUCGCGAGAUGUCUGUGAAGGAGGCUUGGAAAGCCUUGUCUCACAAGUUCCACGGCAAAGGGUCUGGCAAAAUGAAGACGGAGAAACGACUGAAAAAGAUCGCUGAGGAGAAAAAGAAGGAGGCGAUGGCGAGUGGGGACACUCCCCUCAGCAUGAACCGGGCGUUCCAGAUGCGGCAAGAGAAGACGGGGCAAGCGCACUUUGUGCUGUCGGUUGGCAAUAGAGGUGCUGUGCCGCAAGCCGAAGCCUUCCUGGACACGGCACAGCUCUCCAAAGGGAAGACCGAGAAGCAGAAGGCUAAGAGAAAGGAGAAAGAAAGCAAGACCGCUGCGCACCAGGAACAAGGCUUUAUCACAUUACCUGCUCCUACGUCUAAUGGAGCGAGCCCGGCGCCGAUCACACCUGUGAUUGCCUCCGGUGCGGCGAGCACUCACGCCGACUCACCUGCGCCCAAACCAGGCUUUAGGAGUAUCGCGCCGGCGUCCACACCUAUGGAUGCUGCUGAUGGCAAGGUGAACGGCUCGGGGGAGCGUAUGAAGGUGGCAUUGUCGUUGAAGAGGAAAGCUGGCGACGAGCUCAGGGAUUCUCCGCAACCGAAGAAACGGUAG